CUUUUUAAAUUUAUCCCACCAAUUAUAACACCAACAACGCGUUUGUUUCAUUGAUAAAAAUAUUACACUUGCACCAAAUUAACGCGUUUCCUCUCAUCCAUAAGUUCCCCUCAAACCAGACUCUGUUCGUACACUACAUCUUCUCCUAAAUAUACACAAUGCUAAAACAUAAAGCAAUCUCAGCCAUUCUGUUACGAGCUUUUCUCUUCUACAAUGUCCUUAAUUCAAUCCUAGCUUAUCUUGUUCCGAAGAAGCUUCGAAACUACGUUCCUACCUUUUGGUAUUCCCGUGAAGCAGGAAUUGAUCGUAAUCAUACCAAUUUGACAAGCAGUAACACGGAAUUGACGCUGCAUUUCCCCCGAAUGGAGGCGGACGAGCUACGCAAGGUCUUCGAGAUGUUUGAUCACAACGGGGACGGGCGGAUCACGAAGCAGGAGCUGAAUGAGUCGCUUGAGAAGAUGGGAAUUUUCAUUCCGGACCAGGAGCUGACGCAGAUGAUUGAGAAGAUCGAUGUGAACAACGACGGGUGUGUCGACAUUGACGAGUUUGGAGAUUUGUACCAGAACAUCAUGAACACGCGCGAGGAGGAGGAGGAUAUGAAGGAGGCGUUCAGCGUGUUUGAUCAGAAUGGGGACGGGUUCAUCACGGUGGAUGAGUUGAAGUCCGUGUUGGCGUCGUUGGGAUUGAAGCAGGGGAGAACGGAAGAGGAUUGUAAGACGAUGAUAAUGAAGGUGGAUGUGGAUGGAGAUGGUAGAGUUAAUUUUAAUGAGUUUAAGGCCAUGAUGAGAGGGGGUGGAUUUGCUGCAUUGAAUUGAUUCGUUAUCAAGGCUUGUUUAGUGUUGGUCUCUCCAUUUCAUUUGUUGUUUGGUUGUUUUGUUUAACUCUGGUUGAGUUGAUUGUAUAUAUUAAUUUCAUGAUCAAAUUAAUCAAAUAGAUUGGUAAUUUCCUCUUUCA